AUGCUUGUUUGCUCUGAGAAGAGGAGUCAGGCAUUUACGCUGAGGAACCGUGCUUGGAGUUCAGCAGUAGCCAUUGAUGGAUUUCUAAAAACCGAUGAAAGACAAAGACUGGCAAAGGAGAGAAGAGAAGAAAGGGAGAAAUACCUUGCUGCCAGGGAACAGCAGAUACUGGAGAAGGAGAGAAGAGCAAAACUUCAAUAUGAAAAGCAAAUGGAGGAGCGAUGGAGAAGACUGGAGGAACAGAGGCAGAGAGAAGAGCAGAAGAGAGCAGCUGUUGAAGAAAAACGGAGACAAAAGCUUAAAGAGGAAGAGGAACGUUUAGAAGCCAUGAUGCGUCGGUCCCUUGAACGCAGCCAGCAGCUGGAACAGAAGCAGAAGCGAUGGUCGUGGGGAGGAGCACUGGCUGCAGGCUCAGGAGGGAGAGAUGGUGAAUCAGAAAAUACCCCACCCCCUGUUCUAGGUUUAGCUGCCAACACCCUUCCACCAGACCCUGUGACCUCUACUGCUCCUGCUGAUUCCUUCAAUGCAUGUGACAAACUUUCAGCUUCUACAAUGAAUCUGCCAAAGCAAAUGGAAUCGCCAAUCAGUAAGCGCCUCUCCUCCUCCACAGCGGCAAUAACACAUUCCCCCGACAGAGCUCACCGCAUGCAUCUUAGUCCCAUGGAAAACUUUAUUGUUUCUCGGCUGCUGACUCCCACACAGUCAUCUUUAGCCAGAAGCAGAAGUACAUUAAUGCUUUCUGAGCAAUACAAUAAUCCAGUAUUCCAUAUCUGUCCUCGUGUAGCACCAGCUAGUCCUCUUAAAUCUCCCUACAAGCCUUCCCCCACCCGAAGCACUGACAGAAAGAAGGCAACUUCACCUUCCACUUCUGAUGCCAUGAAAGGGGUGGCUGCAGCUGAAGGUACUCAGACUGAGAAGAUAAAGAAAGAGAAGCGACCCGCAACACCUGGUUCAUCAUCUGGUAUGGGAUCUCCUCUAAGAAGGUCUGAUUCUCCUGCUGCCAUGUCCAGAAGAUCUGCAUCACCUGCAACACCUAAGACAGUUGCAAAGAACUACCCUCAGUCUCCUAAAAAUGCCAAACAAUAUCCAGCUUCUCCUGUGAAGCAUCGUGCGGCUUCUAAUCUUACCCAGGAGACUCCUAAAAAGAAGGCAGAAAAGGAGAAGGAAAAUGUCAGUUAUCAAAAAUCCCCGGGUGCGCGCGCUGAUGAGGCAGGCCAGGCGGCUUCUGAGAAGCACCUGCCUUCUGCAGGGAAGGCUGAAAAUAACGAAGGGAAGAACACAGCAGGAACAACUGAUGCAGAAGAAGCUUCAAAAAUUCUAGCUGAGAAAAGACGACAGGCCCGCCUGCAAAAAGAACAAGAAGAAAGGGAGAGACAGGAAAGGGAAGAACAGGAGAGACUUGAAAGAGAAGAACAGAAAAGAAAAGCAGAAGAAGAAAGACUUCGUCUAGAGGAAGAGGCUCGUAAGAAGGAGGAGGAAAGAAAACGUGAAGAAGAAGCAGCUAGAAAAAAGGCAGAAGAGGAAGCCAGGAGGAGAGCAGAGGAAGAACAAAUGCUAAAAGAAAAGCAAGAAAAAGAGCUCCAAGCCAAACUUGAGAAACAGAGGGAAGAAGCGGAAAUCAAAGCCCGUGAAGCAGCUGAACAACUUCGUCUUGAAAGGGAACAAAUCAUGCAGCAAAUUGAGCAAGAAAGACUGGAGCGGAAGAAGAGAAUAGAUGAAAUCAUGAAGAGAACAAGGAGGAGUGAAACACCAGAAAUAAAGAAGGAAGAAACAAAACUGGAGGUACCAUCAACUCUGAAUGUGGAAAAGCAACCAAAGACCCUUGUUCUCAACCAGCCAGAGAUCAAUGGAUUGGCAACCUGCCUGAAAAAUAAAAGCUUAGAAAGUGCUGCCUCUGUAAUUCCUUCCCAAGACGUAGUUGCUAAUGGACUAAAGUCAGUUCCAGGACUUAUUCAGGUGGAAGCUGUUGAUGGGAAGUCUAACAGCAUGGAAGACUCAACAGAUGAGGUUCAGUCCAUGGAUGUGAGCCCAGUUUCAAAAGAGGAACUUAUCUCUAUCCCCGAAUAUUCACCCAUGAAUGAACUCAUGCCUGGUGUUUCUUUGGACCAAAAUGGGACAAGUAAUGCCAAGGCUCUUGAAGAUCUCUUGGAUUUCACAGGCCAAGCUACAUACUCCAAGAUGUCCACUGAUACCAUUAGCCUAGAUGACUGUAACAAAAACUUAAUUGAGGGAUUUAACAGUCCAGGACAAGAAAAUACACUUAAUUCUAUCUGUUGACAACCCCGCUUCUCAGCAGAACAGAUAAAGAGGUAGCAGUUUGUGGAGGAUGUAUAUCCCUGUGAUGCUACUGGCAGUAAAAUAUGAGCUUGACACUUGAAAAAGCUUCUGCAGUCCUUGAACACUGGAUUUCAAAUAAUCAGAGCUGAAUAUAACUUUGUCUUCCCAGGGAAUAUGUUGAAUAACUGGUUGCUUUUGGCAGAAGCCAGUGAUCUAGAGCCUUGGUGGUUUCAGGGAAGACUGUGCAUUAGAAUUGAGCUUUAGCUGCUAAUAAAGCACUUAAUAAUCUUUUAAUUUAAAAUUCAUCUCAACACUUCACUGUGACUCUUACCUGUGCAUUUUAUUUUGAAGUGAUUCUUCCUUAAGCUUUAUCAUACAUCUAUUUAGACGUUGUUUUCUUGUAAAUAAUGAUGAGGUUUGCCCACAGUGCAUUGAAAUGAAAUAAUAUUCUGUACUUUAGUUUUGUGCCUAUCUUUUUUCUUUUUUUUUCUUGUCUUUCAUAAGGAGUUACUGGCAACUUUUAUGCAGGUGUAUAAUUCAAAACUGUAGCUGAAGAGGCUUGAAAAAUAU